AUGGAAGAACAAAAACAGGAAGCAUCUGAAGAUGUAGACAUGGUAGACAAAUCUGAACAAGCUACCACCAAUGGAGCUGGAGACCUCUCAUCAGUAGGACCUGAUAACUCUCUCUCACCAGGAGGAGCUGGUAACCCUCUCUCACCAGGAGGCGCUGGUAACCCUCUCUCACCAGGAGGCGCUGGUAACCCUCUCUCACCAGGAGGCGCUGGUAACCCUCUCUCACCAGGAGGCGCUGGUAACCCUCUCUCACCAGGAGGCGCUGGUAACCCUCUCUCACCAGGAGGCGCUGGUAACCCUCUCUCACCAGGAGGCGCUGGUAACCCUCUCUCACCAGGAGGCGCUGGUAACCCUCUCUCACCAGGAGGCGCUGGUAACCCUCUCUCACCAGGAGGAGCUGGUAACCCUCUCUCACCAGGAGGCGCUGGUAACCCUCUCUCACCAGGAGGCGCUGGUAACCCUCUCUCACCAGGAGGCGCUGGUAACCCUCUCUCACCAGGAGGCGCUGGUAACCCUCUCUCACCAGGAGGCGCUGGUAACCCUCUCUCACCAGGAGGCGCUGGUAACCCUCUCUCACCAGGAGGCGCUGGUAACCCUCUCUCACCAGGAGGCGCUGGUAACCCUCUCUCACCAGGAGGCGCUGGUAACCCUCUCUCACCAGGAGGCGCUGGUAACCCUCUCUCACCAGGAGGCGAUGGUAACCCUCUCUCACCAGGAGGCGCUGGUAACCCUCUCUCACCAGGAGGCGCUGGUAACCCUCUCUCACCAGGAGGCGCUGGUAACCCUCUCUCACCAGGAGGUGCUGGUAACCCGAUCUCACCAGGAGGACCUGGUAACUCUCUCUCGCCAGGAGGACCUGGUAACCCUCUCUCACCAGGAGGAGCUGACAAAGGGCAAGGAGAGUCUGCAAUGAAACUGAAUAUUGAGGAUGAGGAUGAAAACUUUUCAUCAGGACCAGCACCAGAUGUUAACAUGAAUGGGGAAGGUCCUUUGUCAGGACAAGCACUGGCAGGAGCUAGCUGCCCAAGUACUAGCUCUGAACAAUAUGCUCCAGGUGGCAAAAACCAAGAGCCAUCUGAUAGAGAAAUGGAGAUCUCACAGGAACCAGGCAGCCAGGACAGAACUGGAACUGCAGGAGGUGGAGGUGCAGAAGCUGCUGUUGGGGGCAGUUGUAGAGAGGAGGAACAAUCCGUCCAAAACACAGAAAUCACCGAAAGGCAGAGAAUGGAGAAGGUUGGGAUAUUUCUCACCGAUCUCAAACCAGACUACAUCUGGCUGGCAGAUUAUCUAUCUAAAAUCUCUCGAGACAUGGCAUCUAAUGUCCUACCUAUUUCUGAUGUGUCCUUGGAGGAUGUCAUUGAUAGAAAUUCUCUUCACAUUAUUCAUCACUCCAUGAGAUCUCAAGUAUCCCGGGAUGAAUUGCAGAGUCACCUGACUCACUUCAUAAAACGUUCCCAGCCUGUGAAAGUGCUGAUCACUGAUGUAACAGAUAAAUAUUCUGAGAUGAAGAGAUUCUGGGCGUCUCAGGCAGAGACAAACAAAUGGGAAUCACUGUCCUUCACUGAGGCUGAACUGGACUCCAUCAAACCGGACCGACUGAAACCCUGGACAGAUAGAAACACGGAGCUUAAAUUAAAGGGAAUGAGGGACAUCCUGAGCCGAGCAGGUUUCCUGACAAAGCGUGCACAGAAGGUUGGGAUCUUCUCCAGAUCGUCAGAGGAGGAUUAUUUAUGGCUGCAGACCCUGCUCAGAUCUGAGGGGUUCAAGGAUUGGGUUCAGGAGGUCAGACCGUAUUACAUCUCUAACUCCGGGUACAGUCAGUUCAGACAGGAUGUGUCUCAAUGCACGUUUGGGAUUCUGUAUCACACCAAGAACAGAGGGAGGAUUAAUGUCACUAAUGUGACAAGUUCUCUGUACGACAAAGAGCUAAAAUAUCUGUCUGAUACACUAGGGAAAGAUAAAGUCAUCGUGGUGGUUGAUGAUCUGGAUGAUAACAGUCAGGAGAUGAAAGCCAGCAUCCUACAGAACCAGCCGAGUAUUGGGAAGUUGGCCCAGGAUCUGUUCCUCUUCAGGACGGAGGAGAAGGGAGAAUGGAUGAAGUAUCUACCUGCGCUACAGCCAGUGGAUAAGGAGAAGCUGCAGGAAAAACUGAACACUGUUAAAGGCUGGAUAAGAUUAGAACCAACAGGAGAACCCAGCUAUCUUAAAACACAAGAAGGUUGUGAUAAAGUGAAAGGUUUCGGUUCAGAAAUAAUUGAUAAAGCCACCUCCUUCCUUAAAGAUGUGAGCAAUGCAUGGAAAAAACCCAAGACUCCAGAAGGAAAACACACAGUUGGGAUCUUCUCCAGAUCGGGGCAGGAUGAAUACUCCUGGCUGCAGACCCUGCUCAGAUCUGAGGGGUUCAGGGAUUGCGUUCAGGAGGUCAGACCCUGUUACAUCUCCAACAACCACCAGGAGUUCAUACAGAAUGUGUCUCAAUGCACGUUCGGGAUCCUGUAUCAUUCUGAGAACAAAGAGAGGAAGGAUAUCUCUCUUACCAAUGAUCUGACGUGUUUGUCUUCUACGUUUGGGAAGGGUAAUGUCAUUGUGGUGGUUGAUGAUCUGCCUGAUGAUAGUCUGGCUGUGAAACACAUGAUCCUAAAGCUCCACCCGUGUAUUGGGGCAUUGGCCCAAGAGCUGAUCCUCUUCAACAGGCAGGAGAAGAUACAUAGUGAUGGACGAGCACGGACUCAGAAUGUGCUGGAGAAACAGCAAACAAUUAAAGAGAUGAUACGAGCAGCAGAUAAGAGAAUCCGACCAUCUGACCAAUCACACGGAUCUCAGCAUCCCAGGAAGAAUUCCAUUUCGACACAUCAAUUACAAGGGGUAAGAGAUAAAAUUACCUUCAAAUUUUAA